AUGGAAGAUUUAUACGAUAUUACGGUUAUAGGUUUAGGCGGACAUGGUUCAUCUACCUUUUUUCAUGUAGCCAAAAAUCAAUACAAAGUUUUAGGAAUUGAAUAAUAUAAAAUAGCUCAUAAUUUGGGGAGUUCCCAUGGAGAUACAAGAAUAACCCGAAAACUGACAUUUGAAGAUCCUGUAUAUUACGAUUUGGUAGAAUCUAGUUUCUAAGUUUUCGAGGAGUUAAGUAAAUUGAGCAAGAAAUAGAUUUUUAAAAAAACUGGAGGACUUUUUAUGGGAACUAAAGACUCUAAUUUAGUCAAUUAAUGCUUAAUGAUUAAUUAAGUAAAAGGAGUGCCUAUUUAGAUAUUGUGUAAAGACUAGAUUACGGCCAAUUUUCCACAUUUUGAGUUUGAAAAUGAAGAUAUUAUUGGUGUUUUUGAUGAAAAUGCGGGUGUUUUGUUCGCGGAAAAUUGUAUUUAGGCCUUUAUUGAGGAAGGAUUGAAAAUAAAUAAAGACGCUAGAAUCGUUGAGAACUGUAAGUAUCUAAAACAUUAAAAAAAUGAAGAAGAUAUAUUUGAAAUAGUGACAGAUAUUGGAAAAAUAAAAAGCAAAAAAAUCGUCUUUGCAUGUGGUAUGUGGAACGUGAAUAUUAUAAAAGGUGUACCUUUCGAAAUUCGAAAAAUUUAACUUUUUUGGUUCAAUGUCCCCCCUUAAAUAGACUUAGGAAUGUAAAAAUGUCCUAUUUUUAUGUAUGAAGUAAGCAAAAAUCCUAUGUACUAUGUUUAUGGAUUCCCUAAUGUUUAAAAUUAAGGAAUCAAACUGGGUUUUUCACCUAAUUAACAUUGCAAAAUUAUCGAAAAUCCAAACUUUCCGACUCGUUCAGUUGAUACCUUUGAAAAAGUAAGAAUGAAACAUAUACUUUAGGAAUUUUUUCCUUGCAUCUCUAAAGAAAAUGUAAUUGAUGAGAAAGAAUGCUUUGUAACACUUACACCUGAUGAAAAUUUCGUUAUUGAUUUUGAUUAAGAGGAUAAAAAUAUUAUUUAUAUCAGUCCAUGUAGUGGACAUGGAUUUAAAUAUACCGGAGGCGUGGGGAAAUUAGUUUCAGAAAUGGUGGAAAAUUAAAAAGUUUAUUAUGAUUUGUUUAGAAUUAAAAGGUUUGAAGGGAGUUAGUAUAAAGGGAAAAGAUGGGGGGACAGCUUUAUUAAAUUUGACGAAGGUUUUGAUUAAAAAAAUAGGUUUAGAAAGUAUUUUAAUAAUAAUAACAACAAUAGACCUAGUUUGUGA